GCUAAUUACCGAUUCCUUGACACGAGAAUUUAUUCGUAUUAAAUGGUGGAUAGUUUCUGAGUUACGAUAUUAGUGUUUUCAAAAUUUUGCAAAAAUAUCGCAAUUAUGGGGUUAUUAAUUGUGCAAAAGUAUUCAAUAUAUCAUAGAAAACAAAUCACUAGAACAACGUGCCUAGGAGACCAUUCGUUUUCUAUCAAAAACUUUUGAAAGAUUACGACUUUGAAGUUUCGGAUAUUCGAAUCAUGAUCGGAUGUCUCAAAGCAUGAUCUACUAAAAAAAAAUAAAAAGUAAAAAAAUAAAAAUAAAAAAAUUAAAAAAACACAAGCGAACAGGCAAACUUAAAAGGAAUUGAAUGUAUUUUUUUUUAUUGGAAUUUUAAAAAUGAGUUCUACGAAACAACAGGAUAGAAUACUCAGCGGUGGAAUAUCUUUGCCACAAUGGAUGAAAGGACGAACCGAAAGCAGAUACGAUUUUGAUGAUACAACAUUCAGUCCGCCAUCUCAUGACGAUAGUUUCUUUUAUAUACGAUAUCCAAAGACACAAAGCCGAUCGUCGGUUUCACAAGAGUAUCGUCCAAUUGAUGAAGUUUUUGGGGAACAAAAUAUUAAUUCAUCAACAAACAAUGUGAAAGUACAAGACACGCAACAACAGGUUACUGAAGAGAAGAAAAAGAAUCAGGAAAUUGAUUUCAGCAAACAUCCCUUACCUUGUCAACCAUUUGUACCAACUUCAACAAUAAGCAAAGGAAACGGAACUAAACCAAGUCUGAAGACAUCAUUAACUGAUAAUCCGAAAAUUACAAAAUCACAGGGAGUAGAUGAUGGGUUUCAUAGCGAGCCAGCACUUUGUGGAAAAUCAAUUGUUCUUGUAGCCAGUCAAAUGAUGUCUAACAAAUUUCAUGAAACUUUUUCGGCCGAACAGGCCGUCAGUCAACCCAAAAAAGGAAGUAAAUCUUUACCAGCUACUCCACUCGCUUCACCAGCAGACAGUCCAAAUAGUUCGCCGAAAGCUCGUCGUCGCGUUCCUUCAAACCGAUAUUUCACUGGUGCAUCCCUUCAAGGAAGUUGGAUUUUGGCAAGCAUCUUCGGGCAAUCUAGGGAAAUCGUUACUGGUAAAAUUGAAGAAGAAGACGAAACAGGCACAGAAGUUGCGACUGCUCCACCUAGGUCGCUUACUCGAAAGAAGUCCAUAUCGUCGCAAAAUCUUACAUACAUAGGAAGCGAUGAAAAGUCAGUUGGAAAACCAGCUUCCUACUCGAGCGUAUUUAAAGUAAAACCAUCGGAAUUAAGAGAGAUGAAUUUUUGGUCUCCGACAUCAAUGUAAAACAAUGUAAAUCAUUAUUAUUCGUUUACGCUUAAAAUUUAGUUAAUUUUUAGUAAUUAAUUUGGAAAGAGGGAUGUUGAAAAAAAAACACGAUAUUGUCCAAUUGCUGAGUUUUCUAAAAUUGAUAAAAGAGAAAACGCAGCUUUAUUUGUGUAUUAUCGUGUAAGUACAUUUUCAUGUACCCUUAGCAAUGUCUUUAUUGCAAUUAGUAUAAUUAACAGUUAGUAAUAAUAUAUUUGUGCUUAUUCUUUCUUUUUUCUCUUUUUUCGACUUUCAAUGAAUGUUGUUAAUAAAGUGUAAACAAUAGAGUUGUUUUUGUAAAAGUCGAUUCUCAUGAACUGGCGCAACUCUAUUAUAAUAAUAUAAGUCAAAAAUUCGUGUAUCGAAAAAUAUAGUUUUCUUAUAUGCUCAAGUGAAGAAGAAGGCGUAUAAUUGUCAAAACAAGGCAUAAUAAUUAUUUUUGGACAGUUCAUCGUUCGAUGUGUUUAACUGUUGUUUAAUUUUAGAUUUUUAGAGAAAAAGUAGGAAGGAAAGAUGGGAAAGUAAUUAUCAUACUAAUCGUAUGUAUAUGUUUAUAUAUUAUUUCUUAUAUUUAUACAAUGCAAGUAGUCUUGGAAUAAAAUAAACCUAUCUAAAUGUCAUUCGAAAAGUAUUUAAAAAAAAAAAGUAGAUGAAAUGAAAUAUGUACAAAUACAUGUAAAUUAUAACGCGCGGGAUCCACGAAUGUUUUAAAAAUAGUGAUUAUAGUAUAAUCGAUCGAAUAGUUCAUCAAUAAUAAUAUAUUUUUCGAUCACGAUAAUAAUUAUAAAGUAUAUUUAGUCGCUGAAAUGAAAAUGCUUUUGUUAUUAGUUACAUUUGAGAGCAUAAAGUUCAUUUAAAUAUGAAAGGCUAUAGUAUCAAUUAACUCAUUGCUAUAAUGCAGCAUAAUGGAGUUGUUAACUACUGAUCUCAGCAUAUUAUUCCCGACAUUCCAACAAUUGGAUUAUGGAAAAUAGCUAGGUGAUUCUAUGUGUAUGUACAAUCAAGUUUAUAUGGAUACAAGAAUGGUUCGAUGUUAUUAAUGUAUAGCGGGAAUCUUAUACUGUUGUAGUACAAUCGGCCAACGAAUUAUUAGUUUGUGUUAUUGAUAAAAAACCCGUUCAGAAUCAUAAACAUUAUCGAUUACACUGUAUUUUAUAUAGAAAUAAUAAAUAAAUGAAUCGUAUU